CUCCGGAGCGAGGCCUUUGUCCCCUUAAUUGGCCAUCUGCAGGCACGAUUCUCUGCCUCCCGCCAACGCACGCCGGUCCCAUAUCCCAGGUCCAACUAUGCGCUAAUUGGGCACUUAGAGGGUCCCCAGAAAGCCCCCUCCCCUCCCUGCCUUCCUAUAUCAGCCCCCACCUGCCGGUCCCUCAGACUUCAGAUUGGGCUCCCGGGAGGUCGGGACGGGGUUAGGGCGCCACGGGGAGGCCUUGGCCCAUUUCCCAGCGCUGCCUCCUCCCCAGCCCGGGGUGCCCUGCCUCCAGGGUCCCCUGACCUCCCUGCUCACAGAUUUGGGGGUGCUUUGGUCAGGAGUAUUGUGGGGAGUUACUCCAGACCACCUGGGCCAUGCACCCCGGGGUCCCCGAAGGCCCUGGGGUCUCUGAGCCCGGCCCCCGGGAGCUGUGUGCCUUUGUGAGUGGGGCGGCUGCCCACAUGCUGCGGGCCCUACAGCCCCGGCGCACCCGGACCCCCAAGAGGCGGCCCAACCACAGAAGGUUUCUGCACAACCAGAUCUGCAGGCAGUUCUCCAAAAUCGAGGCCGCCACCCAGCGCUUGGCCCUAUCCAUCCUGUCCCAGGAGGGACCUCCCCAGAGACCCUCGCUCCGAAAGCCGCUCCCACCACCUCCGUCCCCCUUCCUGGGGGUGGCCUCUGCUGUGGCCCCCGCUGAGGUUCCCCACACCAGCCCCAGCCUGAGUCUCGCCGCCCUGGACACCUCUACCCUCGACCUCUUUGACAACAUUUCGCUCACCCCAGAGUGUGCCUCAAUGCCAUGGGACCCCUCCCCUGGCCCUGAUGCUCCCUUGCCAACCCUGGGUCUGGCCUAUCAAGACCUGGGCCAGCCAGGCCAGAGGCAGCUCCCACGUUUCUGUGGCCUCCUGCCCCCUUCCCAGCAUGCCCUGGGGGAAGAGGCAGAGCAGGUGGCUCCCAACUGGAGUUGGGUGGACUGGUGGGAGGUGCCUCAUGCCUGGGAUCCUCAGGGGAUCCCCGAGGGCUGGGGGACCAGCUCCCCAUGAGGUCAAUCACAACCCAGCCCAGAAUCCAGGACAGGCCAGAGGCCCCUGCAUGGCAGCUCUCCAGCCCUCUCUGGCCCGCCCCCCCGCAACCUGUCUACUCCCUUCCUGGCAGCCCCUGGGAAAAUAAACCAAGCCCAGACCCCCACCUCAGACAACUGCCUCAGGGUUCUCCUCCUGGGCUUAGGGGCCCCACCUCCGCCUCUUCUGGGGGCCCUGUUCUUGCUCCCCGCCUUCUCCCUUCCUUCUUCCCAGCCCCAUCUUGGCAUCCACCCGGCUCACCUCUGCCUAAUGUCUGCUCUCUGCUCAUUUAUUCCCAAAAAUGUAUCGCGCGCCUACUAUGGGCCAGGCCCAGAGCAAGGACUUGAGGGUUCAGCAGUGAACGAGGCAAGUGGGACCCCUGCCUCAGGGAGCUCCCUUUCCUGUAUGCCUGUGUGUGUUUUGGCGGGGAAGUGACAAUAAAAGGGUAUAUCCAUGCA